AUGCAAAGUGGUGGUAACUUUAAGGGGGGUAAACAUCAACGAAGUAAAUCCAAAAAACAAGACGGGGGGAUACUACCCUGGUUAAUUUAUGCGGGGGUGCGAAACAAAAAAAAAAGACAAGCAGCUCGAAGAAGAAGAGCUAUGCAAAGAAGAGAAGCAAAUAGAUCAAUGAGGCGGGAUAAACAAAUGAUGCGGGAACUACGGCAACGCGGGCUCUACAGGCGCGCCAUGACAAGGAACGAGGGCCGCUGCUUGCUGGAAAAACCUUAUACCCCUCGAAAUUACUACCCACAACGUACACGUAAUUUCUAUAUUAACGUUAAUAAUAGUUCUAGAAGUUCGCAGGUAAGCGUGGCAAAACCCCCACAAACCCAAAAACAAAUUCAAAAAGUACCGUUACGAAGACAAAUUCAAAAACCACGCUACCCGCUACAAGGUCGUAUUCAACAGCAACCCCGAUACAUGGCACAGCCACAACGCAAACAACUGGGUGGUAUUGUUGCCGGUGAACACGAAUUGGCAAGAAAAGCAAGAUACAACGACAUGCUAACAGCAUAUUACGCAGAAAAAAGUAAUUCUUUUUUUUAA